CAACGGCCAGUGUUAUAUAAACGAAUGGCAUUAGUAAUACACAAAUUGAUAGAUCUCAACGUAGUAAAAGAUAAAACAGAAGCAAAUGAUUACCAAUUCAAUUGUUCAAACACUAGUGUUUGUUACUGCUAUAUUAAUUUCCUCCACUGAAGCUGAUUAUGCAUGCUUCUGCAACUACAAUGUGGAAGCCUCGGUGUAUUCGAUUCCAGACUCGACGAGUUCGGUGUUGGGGUACAUGUAUGAAUUUGACUGUAAGUCAGUGGCAGUCACACACGGAGCGCACAAAGGAUUUUACCCGAUACAAUUUCAAGGACAGCUGGCAUACAUUGCGGCUGACACAACAGUUCGAAAUCAAACAUGCCCAGGGUCACCACAACUAACUGAUAUUAUUACCACAACGUCACAAAAACCCCAUGGUCAUUCCACAACCACAACGGGCACUUCCAGCUCAAUCACCACCACUGGACAAACUUCCGCAACAACCUCUGCAGCAGACCAAACAACCUCCCAAGCAACGUCAAUAGCCACGACCAAAGCAAUUUCUUCAACAACCACCCAACCAGUGACUUCAACAUCCAACCAUCCAACGACAACAACCACCACUCAACCAACGACAACAACUACCACUCAACCAACGACAACAACUACCUCUCAAACAACGACAACAACCACCACCCAACCAUCAACAACUACCAGCCAAUCCACGAUCACAACAAUAACCACUCCAACAGUGACGUGGCCGGGACUCACAUUAACAUCGACCGAGUACACAACAUCUCCAAAUCUGUAUUGGUCCAUGGCUGCAAAUGUCUCCGGCACUCCACUUCAGUAUCUUGGCAUCGGGUACAAUUUGUUGACUGGAAAUCCACUUGUUGCACGUGACCCGGGUCUGUUACUAAACAAACGAAUACUUCAGUUGACGGGAUCUUCGUCAGACGUGAGGGAAGCAAGCGUGUUGUUAGCUUCGACUUGCCCGAAUGUUACAACUAAAACACUUGUUCAUGGUUCUCAAUCGCUACAAAAGGAAAUGAUGACAUUGGUGCAGCCAUCUAGUACACACCCAAACUCACUGACCGCUCACGCCUUCGUUUAUAACAUCGAAUUUAAAUCACAACGAGGACACUUGGAGAACAACAACAACGUUUAUCAAGAUUCCCUGACAACGUGCACCAUGGGAAGUACGCAUUACCGUGGGAACAGCACAGCUCCGUUCGGAAAUUUCUCAGUUUCGCGCGAGUUUGCAAUAGCCGUUUGUAAAUUGUCAUCUGCAAACACUUCGGCGAUUAACGAAUUUCUUGAUGAAUGGGGAACGAGUGUUGUUUUAUCUGUUGGUAUUGGAACCAAAACACUAUAUAGAACAACAGAGUCUAUCCAGCAGCUAUUUCAGACUAUUCAGGCAACGGACCCUGCCCUCCUGGUCCACAGCGGCCCGUUCAACGGGUACCAAUCCUCCAUGUCGAUCAAUGAACAAAUGUACUCCACCAGCUCUGUCGCACAGCAGUCAUCGACUCAGAAUAUUGUCAUGACAGCUGGUGGUACCUCUCCAGUACCAGUGGGCUUGACGAUUGUUCCGAUUUCUGAUAUCAUACGCGCAGAAUAUUUUGCAUCGGUGUACGACAUCUUGGUAGCGGACUCUUCCUGCCCCGAUUCCAUUCUAGCCGGAGAACUGGAUACGAUCUCUUCAAACGUCAAGGCCGCCCUUGCCAACUAUAACGUCUACAAACAAUACGGGACUAAUAUUAAUCAAGUUCUCACAGAUCACAGUCUCCAAAUUCCGGUAACCUGGCCACGUGGUACAUAUGGCGUCAUGAAAACCACACUAGGAUGUCCAGGGUCACAAGUCACGUGGUUGCAGGGAUCGCGUUUCCAGGACACCGAGGACAUUAGCUCAAAAAAUUCGUUCACUCCUGAUAUUACUCGUUUCCUUGCUGGAUCGUUUGCCAGUAACAACAUUCAGACGGAAUUCUGCAUUAAAAGCCAGCCCCAAGUGUCUCAGUAUGACGGCGAUUGGCCGAGAGGGGCCUACUGCUUGCUGAAGAUGGGAAAUUGUCCAACAGGAUUUCAAGUCGGUUCUAUUUAUUGGGAUGACGAGGGCGUGUUCAACAAAAACAAAGCCAGCGGUACACUCCCUGAUGGCGAAUUCGGAUCAAAUACUAGGAUAUACUACUGUUGCAGAAACGACGGACGAACAUCGUCGCAAAUUAUUCUUCCAAAUGACCGACCGUUCGUUCUGCUUCGUUACGGACUAACCUGCCAGAACGUGCACUCCAUGCUGCUGAAAGAGCUUUAUGUUUACUGGGAUGAUGACGACCUUAGCAACUCGGAUUCCGCCAGUGGGAUGCAUCCCUAUGACGACGGAGGGAGUGAUAAUCACCGCCUCCACUUUUGCUACUAUCAGAAAAACAGUCCUGGAACAAGCAUUGUUGGAUAGUCUUGAAAACAACUUAAUACGUGUUAAGUUGUUGAGUGUAAUAAUAUCGAAUAAAUAAAAUUGUUCGUCUGGUU